AUCAAAUAGUUGGAAUAACCGCCCCAGCAGCUCAGAAGAGAGAGAGAGCUCUUCUAGAGAGGGAAAAUAACUGAAAUUCUAGUUAGAGAAAAUAGCAAAAACAUUAUUCCUAAGAAAUUCCGACAGAGAGCCAAACGGCAGCUGUUUCUCGAUCAUCUCACUCUCAUCUCUCUCUCUACACAAACCCCAUUUCACCAUUUACAGCUCACUAAGUUUGUGAUCCGUGGUUUUGCAGAAAUGAUCAAGAUAGUUGAAAAAUCAUGAGAUUUUUUAGAUACUUCAUGUAAAUUUUAUUCUAUGUUGGCCGUUUGCAAGAAACAUAAACCGUUUGUAAUCCAAACAAGAAUUUAGAAAAUUGAGAUUAAUUCUCUGUUUACUUCGCUGAACUGAAGAAUAUAUGGAACCGGAGAAACACGAGCCGCAGAGGCUUUAUCAAGUUUGGAGAGGAAGCAAUAGGUUCUUCUUUGGAGGGAGAUUGGUUUUUGGCCCGGAUGUAUCUUCUUUGCUUUUGUCGGCUUUGUUGAUCGCUGCCCCUGCGCUUGCAUUUUGUGUAAAGGUCGUAUUUAUCAUCAGAGAUCGCGUUAAAGAAGACAAACCUGCCAUAUCUUGGUAUCCUGUGCUUAUAGUAGCUCUUGCACUCACCAUUUUGGAUGUAGUCUUCCUUCUGCUCACAUCCAGCAGAGAUCCCGGGAUUGUGCCAAGGAACACGAGGCCACCCGAAUGUGAUGAUUCAUUCGAGAUGAACACCCCUUCAAUGGAGUGGGUGAAUGGCAGAACACCUCACCUCAAACUUCCCCGAACAAAGGAUGUCAUUGUCAAUGGACACGCGGUGAAGGUGAAGUUCUGCGACACGUGCCUGCUGUAUCGCCCCCCUCGUGCAUCACAUUGCUCCAUCUGCAACAACUGUGUCCAGAGGUUCGAUCACCACUGCCCCUGGGUUGGACAAUGCAUCGGCUUACGAAACUACAGGUACUUCUACAUGUUCGUCUCAACAUCAACCGUGCUAUGCUUGCUCGUGUUUGUGGUGUCAUUGAUGAACAUUGUCCGAGCAGAUGAACGUAUCUUGAAAGCAAUGUCGGGUGAUGUUCCGUCAGUGUUUCUGACAGUCUACUGCUUCGUCGCUGUCUGGUUUGUAGGUGGCCUCACAGCUUUCCACUUCUACCUCAUCAGCACAAACCAGACGACGUAUGAGAACUUCAGGUAUCGUUAUGACAAGAAGGAGAAUCCAUACAACAAAGGGAUUAUCAAAAAUUUCCAAGAAGUGUUCUUCUCCAGAAUUCCACCUCCAAUGCUUGAUUUUCGAGCAUUUGUGGAAGACGAAGAGAUCACGACUGCAGAACCCACAGACGACGAUCCUGCUGAAGAUAUCACGAGCUCAAAGGAGAAAAUCGACAUUGAAAUGGGAAAUGAGGAAAAGGCCAUAACACUUCCUGAGAUUCUGCUAAGCAUAGAAUAUGGUGGCAUUCAUGACAACCUUAAACACAAGGUAACUGAGAGAGAAACAGCCGCCUAUUCAGACAACUUCGUCGUUCCUGUUGAUCUACAAGUCGAGGAAUCCGCGGCUACUUCCAGAGUUGAAGUUGGGGCCGAGGCAGAGGAGGAACGCGAUGACAUGAAAUCUCAACAGACCACCACAGCAUCGGACUGAUCAUAAAAAAACGUUAUUCUGAGUGUUUCUCUCUGUACGUACCAGUUCUGAGUCGACCGUUUUAUAAGCUGUGGCAACAGAUAUGUACCAUUUUCAUCUUGUAGUAAUCUAUCUUGUAUUACUAAAUUGGGGGAAUUAUGCACAGGCGUUUUGAUUUCGAAAAUCGAGAUUUUUGUUGCGUUUCUGGGAAUCAAAA